GACAUAAAGUUUGACAAUUGACUGCCAACAUAACAAAAUAAAUUUUGUGAUUAUUAUAAGUGUAAUUUAUAUGAAAAUUUCUUUUUUUUUAGUAUUAUUUAAUACAAACUAAUAAAUAUGGGAGACCAAUUUGACUGUGCACUAGAUUUGAUGAGGCGUUUACCACCUCAACAAAUUGAAAAAAAUUUAAGUGAUUUAAUAGAUUUAGUGCCAAGUUUAUGUGAAGAUUUAUUAUCAUCAGUAGAUCAACCUUUAAAAAUUGCAAAAGACAAGGAAACUGGGAAAGAUUAUUUAUUGUGCGAUUAUAAUAGAGACGGAGAUUCCUACAGAUCUCCUUGGUCCAAUACGUAUAAUCCACCGUUAGAAGAUGGUUCAAUGCCGUCAGAACGUUUGAGAAAAUUAGAAAUAAAUGCCAACAGGGCUUUUGAUCAAUACAGGGAAAUGUAUUUCGAAGGAGGUGUAUCAUCUGUGUAUUUUUGGGAUUUAGAUCACGGAUUUGCUGGUGUUAUUCUCAUUAAAAAGACCGGGGACGGUAGUAAAAAGAUUAAAGGUUGUUGGGAUUCUUUACACGUGGUCGAAGUACAAGAAAAAGGCUCCGGAAGAAACUCUCAUUACAAAAUGACUUCGACUGCUAUGUUAUGGCUUCAAACCAAUAAACAAGGUUCCGGUACCAUGAAUUUAGGAGGCAGUCUAACACGACAGAUCGAACAGGAUGCGGCGGUGAACGAGAUCAAUCCUCACAUCGCCAAUAUCGGGAGGAUGGUUGAAGAUAUGGAAAAUAAGAUCCGUAAUACUUUAAACGAAAUUUAUUUCAGUAAAACCAAGGAUAUCGUCAAUAGUUUACGAUCAGUGCAGCCUUUGACUGAGAGUCGUCAACAACAGGCGCUUAAACAAGAUUUAGCGGCGGCGCUUCAACGUCGACAAAACAAAAACGAAAACUGAUGGAUAUGUGUCACUGAGAAUUGUUUAAGUAAUGGCGAAACCGAAUUACAAUAUGAUACCAGGCGGGGUGAUUGAAAAAACAAUAGAUUUUAUUUGAUACCCUGUAUAUACAUUUUUUUCACGGCAGUACUUAUAUUAAUAUUUAUUUAUUUGUUCCAAAAGAUGGCAUCUGUAAAUUUUUUUAGUGUGUUUUUGGCUCCUGAAUCUUGUUUUAAGCGAUUUUUUCACCUAAUUAUACAGUGAAACAAUAAUCGGUUGUACUAGUGAAAAAAGCAGUUUUAGAAGUUGAUCAAGUGCUGUGGGGCUCCUAUAUUGGCAUUGUGUGAUCUUAAUUCAUGUUUCAGAUCAAUUCCGAAAUUUUUUUAGUGUCUUUUUUGGCUUUUAAGUCUUAUUUUUGCAGUUUUAGAAGCUAAUAAAGUACAGAGGGAUACCUAUUAGCAUCUUAAAUUAUAUUUCGAACGAUUUAAUAAUUUGUUUUGGAUUAUUUUUGGCUUUGAAGUGUUUCGAAAUGGUUUCUUUAAAAAUUUCCUGCUCUGGAUCUAUAAUUGCUAAAAUGGAGAUAACUAUCAUAUCUGCAUCUUUUAUUAAAAUAUAUGCUAAAAAAUAUUUGCUUGUCUUUUGGAAUAAAUGAAGUGAUUUUUUUUAAAUAAUUGCCAAAAAAAAGGAAAAAAUGUGUUGCUUAAUAAUUAUCGGCUUUCUUGCAAAUUUUUAUCCAAACUUUGAAAACUGCAACAAUAUUUUGUUGAAAAUCUUAUUUAAUUACAUUUAUUUAUAUAUUUAAUUAUAACAUAAUUUUUUUCACUUGAGUAGAGUAUUUUUAUGGAGCUCAAUGUUUUCCUAUUGUUAUAAUGUAAAUUUCUAUUGAAAAAAUACAUUUUUAUAUUAAA